AUGAGCCAUAUCUCUCCUCAGAAGAACGGCGGUAAUCAUGUUCCCCCUCCGCGACAAAUUCGCUUUGUGUCGACAGACGGUCAGCCUCAAACAAAGCGGCGGCGUGUCAACGCGGCGUGUUUAACAUGUCGCAAGCGCAAGAUACGAUGUUCGGGUGAACAACCAGUGUGCAAGACUUGCUCCGACUACAACCAUGUAUGCCAAGGGUAUAGCGAGCCAGCAACACAUGCCCGAUCGCAAUCUGAUUCCAGUGCUCGAGCCGCGACAGUCGCGUCGUUAUCAAUCUCGAGUGAGAAUACUUCGCGCGUGGCUCUGAAAGUCGAAACUCGUUCCCCAGAUCCUCCAGGUCGAGCUACCGUGCCUCCUGUCGAACGCAAUGACAAGUCUGUAGCAGAGUCCAUUACAUCGGAGGUGAAAGAGGCGUUAUCUGUCAGGGACAUAUCUUCCCAAAGAACAAAAGAGCCUGAGCAGCAGACCUUAGCAGAAAGUCCAGAGAGCAAUCGCACUUCUUUAAGUUCAAACGCUCGCACACAUGUCCCCUAUUUCAGGUAUUUUGGGCCAACCGCUAUAGUUCCCGGCUUCAAGCAGAUGGUUGUCCAAGUCAGAGGCUCUCGUAAAAGCAAUGCCUCAUUAUCAUCAGAGUCCUUAUCACCGUUACGAAGUCCCAAAUUCCCUAAUCAUGACAUCAACAAUGUGGGCGGUUUGCCUGAUACCCGUGACAGCCGUGACUAUAAUACUAUUCCGUUCUAUGAUCGCGAUGAUCCCCUUCCCGUCAGCAAUCUCGUGAUGCAUCUUUGCGAUCUGUUUUUCGUGCAUCUAGGGUGCAGCUUCCCUUUCCUACAACGAGACAGGUUUCUACGCGACCUGAAAGAUAAGAAGGUUGAUACAAUGCUGGUGGAUGCCACCUGUGCACUGUCUGCUCGCUUUUCUCUCCAUCCGCUCUUGAGCCCGCCACAGGCACCUUCGAUAGAUGGAUCCGAACCGGCAGUGGAUAUGAAGAAAUCAAACCGCGGCCAGCCAUUCGCUCAUAGAGCGAUGAGUGCUCUGGUCGAUUCACUCUCCUGUCCCACCAUUUCCGUUGUGCAGGCAUGCCUCUUGCUGGCUUACGAGGAAUUUGGAUCGAAUCAUGAUAGUGGUCUCUGGAUGUAUUUGGGGAUAUCCAUCAGGAUGGCGCAGGAUCUUGGGAUGCAGAAAGUCCAGGGUUUGGAAUACAAUUAUGGCCAGAGUGGGGUAACUCCGAACGCUGUGCUUACUGGACAAGCUGGGAAGUUGAGAGAUGAUCAGUAUGAUGAACCGCAACCUUCGCCAACACUAAGGAGCCAGCCGCGUGACGCGGAAGGUCGACGUGCUUUGGAACGUGAAAGAGUGGAUUCUUUUUGGAGCAUCUUCUUUCUCGAUCGAGUGAUCUCAUCUGGCACCGGCAGGCCUGUUACCUUACGCGACGAAGAUAUUGAACUCCGUUUCCCUCUCCAAUCCGAAUCUAGGUUACCUAAUGGCUGGCCUGCACCAUUCCCUCCACUUAUACGCAUCAUACACUUGUAUGGCAGAGUGACAGACCUCAUCAAUGGGAUUCAGGAUGUCAAGCACGUAACAUCUGAUACACUGAAGAUGCUUGCCGGCAUGGAAAGCGACCUGACAGGAAUAUACCAACGUCUAUCUCCCAGGCUCCACUUCAACGCCGCGAAUUUUCAAGCAUAUGUCAAGGCGAAAGAAGGAACAAAUUUCAUACUCUUGCAUUUCUGGUUCCACACCCUGAUAGUCUUGCUGCAUCAGCCCACGCUCCUUCAUUCUUUUGGAGGGACCAUUCAGCAUCUAUAUCCAAACAGCCGAGAAUUGUCAAUGUCCUCAGCUAAAACCAUUGCUGACAUCCUCUCUUUUUCAGAGCUUGUUGACGGAAAGAGUUUUAUCGGCAAUCCUUUCACAAGCCAACCGAUGUACAUUGCUGCAUGCGCUUUUCUGAUGGAGAGUGCUUAUUACUCCUCGCCAUCAUCGAGGUCGUGUUCGCCUCCCAUCCAACCCCUUUUGACAAAUCAAUCUAGUGGAUUUGUGAUGCCCAGCAUAGAUCCGGCCACCGGCUCUGAACGAAAACCCACCGCUAAGCACAUUCUUCUCGCAUCUGCGGCAAAAGAGAAUUAUCAGAGAUGCUACAAAGCGUUGAAGGCGCUCGAGACCUAUUGGGAAGGUACAAGGUACAUUCUAACGGUCUUAGACCAAAAGGCCAAAGGGAUCGUGGACCCACUUUUAUAUACUGUGGAAGAGAUGGAAAGUACUGCUGAGCUAUCAUCUGUCCAGCCACUCGCGGCACCACCAUGGCGACGGACGCAGUCGUCUGAUGAUGCGGUGGGUGCUGGCCCAUCAGCGCCGGGCGCAGAUAUGCCAGCAGAAGGAAGGCGAUCACCGAAAAUAGAUCCGAGUCAAGCUAUUGGAUGGGCUCUUACUGGCGCGACAGACUCUUCGCAGCCGAAUCUAAGCCUUCUUUAUCAGAUGCCUGCACAGACAGAACCUAUCCCGGAAAAGCCAACAUAUUCAUCUCAAUAUAGCCAUAGCUACACCAAUAUACCAGGAGUUCAAGCUAAUAGUGGUGGGACUUCGUACUCAUACUCACAGACCACAGAGUCAUCCCGGAGCACAAAGGCGACUCCAGGGCCAUCAAUGGCCCCUGCAACUGCGCAAUAUUCACCCUUGGCAUCCUCCGGUAGAGUCACCACGUCUGAUGCUAACCUGCUUCUUGGUUUGAAUACGGCUUUUCCCGGUUCGACUUCCCGUCCACCUAAUUCUCGGUCGGCUUUCGGCCAUCAAAUGCCUUCUGCUGCAUGCGGGCUCGAGGGACACGCACAAGUAUAUAAUUACAACAUCCCUUCUACUGUCAGUGACGCUCAUACAGGGAGCGGGCACAUGAUUGCGCAGAGCACUGGGCUGCAUCCUGAUGCCGGACCUCAUGCUGGAAAUGUGUUUAUUGAGAGCCAGGACGUUGAUAUGACUAUGCUCCAACAGAAUGACCAGCUUCCCUUCGCUUUCAGCGGUGAGAUACUUCCAUGGCUUGAAUACCUUCCACAGGACGUUCUCAAUUACUUUGGCGAUAACCAAAAUUAUCCGGGCAUGCUGACAAAGACGUUUCUUGCCUCUGCCGGCAACUUGGCACCCCCGACCAGACAGCACCAAGAGCCCCCAGCGGUGUGCGUGGGAAUAGUAACGUUCGAGCAUCAUGACGACGGCAGUUCUCUCAUGGGAGACGUACAGAUGCUGAGUCAAGACGGAUAUCAAUCUUCCGGAUCGUCGGCACGCCACUCCAGCGAGAAUCUCGGCGUAUACCUUGAUGAGGACCAGGCUUGUAUGAGCUCAGGAGAAUCCAGCCGCUCUUCGAUAUCAUCGGUACCUCCAUCGGUGUACACAAACAUGGCAGAGGGGGUGAAAGCACAUGGGCACCGACAGUCUCAUCCGUGGGACAGCCACGAUGGCAUUCAUGCGCUUGGAAGGAUCGAUGGGACCUUACGGCCGAUCUCUGCGACCCGGAUGAGGGAAGCUGCGUUUAGGAAGCCAAGCUCAGUCAAGGCCAUGCAAAUGCAUACCGAGGAUGAGCGGGACGAUGAAGCCUUCUUGAACCCGCCGAAGCGCCGGGCGGCUCACCAACGCUACUCGGACGCUUCGAUGCGCUCAGUGGGCUCAUCGCCGUCGCAGAAACCUCAGUUCUACUCACCCACCGGGUCGGCUGCCAGCAAGCAGAAAGCCAAGGACGAGUACCCGCUGGUCCUGUUGCACUGUAACCUGCUUCCACCAUCGCUUCCAGUAGCCGGCGCAGCGGCUUUUCACAAUCAGAAGAUCGUCAGAGAGGUGCUUCCCCCUGUCUUCUGGCGUCGAUGGAAGCUGCUAGAGGAGAAGGCGGGCUCCGGUGUGCUCCGUGAGCGUGGCGUACUGAUUUCACAUCCGGAAGAUUUGUAUGACUUGCUUGAGGAGCGGCUGUUGGAGAGCCUGGAGCUGCAGCGCCCGCGCCUAGAUCACGGUCACUUUAUCGGACAUGACGAAGCUGUGUCAGAAAAGGGAGACUGUUUGGAGAAGGAGGACAGCGCGACAGACGAAGAGGAAGGGGAGGCAUGCCCGGACUGUGGCGGUCAUGUGGUCCGGCAUGGCAACGCCGGGCGGAAAUGGGAGAUUAAGGUGUUUGCAGCCAAUGGGCUGAUGCGAGCUGGAGCUUGGGCUGCUGCUUGGAAGGAAAUGGAGAAGGUGGACGUUGAGGUCGGCGUGUGGCUGCCAUCAGAGAUCCGCAGGGAGCUGGAAAAGAGGCUCACCGGAGUUGAUUAUUAUUCCUGCCAACUGGACCCCCGACUGCAGGUGCCGCAGCUGCAGGUGCCCGGCACCGACCCGGUCAUUCCCGCACACCCGCAGGCCCGGCAUGCGCGGACGUCAAGCUCAAUCACAGCUGAUCACAGAUCUUUCUCACUCGAUGAAACUGAAACACAAUCGCCCCCGGCUAUCAACAAGCCUGUAUCAGUCUUGAACGAUGAUAUCGACAUGCAAACAUUGUUGGUCAAUUACAUCCGCGUGUUGGCUAGCGACCGGCGCAAUGUGGCCAUUGCCAUUCUGAGCAUCCUGAUGGUAUUUUUCGCCAUCCAGUCGGGCUCCCAAGUGAAGUCUUCGGCUCUCCGUCCAUUUCCUCACGAUUUCAGUCAAGCCACCGAGAGCACAAACAGCAAUAUCAACGCUGAGACAGCGCCUCUGUCGGUGAGUAGCAUCCCAGAUCCAGCGAGCAUGAGCGUUCUCCUUCCCGCUGUAUCUGCGACUGUCGCUGAACCAGCGCUCAUGUCUGUACGCGACAUAUCAGAGCCAGUGGGCGAUAGUGUUCAAUCUGCUGUUUUAUUAGAGGCCGUUGCUGAAGUAAACCCCACGCCUGCGGCUGACAUCUCAGAAUCUGUGAGCAUGAGCUCUCAGUCUGUUGCCUUAUCUGAAGCCAUUACCCUGGUUGCAUUGUCCGAACCCGACAGAUCACAUCAUGGGUCGGAUGCAAGCUCUCGGGCGAAAAGUCUUUUCACUCACUCCCAGGCUCAAGAGCAACUGCCUGAGUUUCUCUACCCAGUAGUAGAGCCAUCGACAAAACGGAUUACCUCGAUCAAGCAGAUGACUCCAAUUCAGGAUAGCUUGAGCCCGAUCACGGAGAAAUUGAUGGGCCAACAAAUUAUAUGA